AUGCCAGUGCGAAAGAGGCAGCGCCGUGAUGUCGUUGUCGUCACAGAUACGGAGGCUAUCGACGGCGUUGAAACAAAAAAUGAAAUGGUAAUGGUACGACUCGUUGACGAAAACGGCGAUUUGGCCGGAACACAGAUUCUUCUUCCUGUUUCAGCGACACCGAAACAGCUUGAUGAAUUGCUGUGCUCUAUGCUGGGUGAAGAUGCACGAACUACGCCCUACGCAUUUUUCAUUGAGGGGGAGCAAGUCAACGCCAGUGUGCAAGAGACGCUAUUUAAGAAGCAGCAAGAAUCCUUCAUUGACAAGAUGCUAAAGGAGGGGAGGCGUGUCAGGCCGCAAGAUGUGGAGAAAUUACUGUUUGAGUUGCCAGAGGAAACAAUUAUUGACAUCCAGUACAAACCACAAGCCAAAUUUAGGGUUAGACCAGUGACACGGUGUGCAGGAACGCUUGAUGGGCAUAGUGAGGCUGUGCUUAUUGUGAGUUUUUCGCCUGACAGUGAGGUACUGGCAAGUGGUGGGGGCGACAAGGAGAUACGUCUGUGGGACGUACACACAUUAACUCCAACCGAGGAGCUCACCGCCCACAAGAGCUGGGUGCAGGUGUUGUCAUGGGCCCCUGAUGGGAAGCAUCUCGUGAGUGGGAGCAAAGAUGGUGUACUUAUUGUUUGGUCACAUGAUGGAGCAUACGGCAGCUUUAAAGGAAAGCAGCACAAGGCCCAUUCAAGCUAUUUGUCGCAUGUCUCCUGGGAACCACUACACAAGAAUACAGCCUGUGAUAGGUUCGUUUCUGCAAGUAAAGAUGCGAGCCUCAAGGUUUGGCAUACCAUUAACGGGUUUCAGUACUCUCUUUCUGGUCACCAGGCCUGUGUUACAUGUGUAAAAUGGGGUGGUGAAAAUCUGAUCUACUCGUCUUCACAGGACCGCAGUAUAAUCGUCUGGGAUGCCUCAAAUGGAUCCCCGCGUAGUAUUCUUCGUGGUCAUGCGCAUUGGGUAAACUUUGUCGCACUCAGCACCGAUCUCGUGAUCAGAACAGGUCCUUUUGACCAUGAGGGCAAUAAGUUUGAUUCUCGUGUGGAAAUGCAGCGACAUGCGGAAGCAAGGUAUAAAGAAGUUCUCUCGCGGAUUGGGGGUUACGAGUGCCUCGUUAGUUGUUCAGAUGAUAAUACUAUGUUCUUGUGGUCGCCACAGCAGCAAGUUACCCCUUUGGGGCGAAUGACUGGGCACCAAGGAGCUAUAUUUCACAUCCAGUUUAGUCCUGACGGGACCAUGAUUGCGUCUUGCUCGGCUGAUAAGAGUGUGAAGUUAUGGAACGCUUCUGAUGGAAAGUUUAUCACGACGUUUAGAGGCCACGUGGCCCCGGUGUAUCAUGUUAGCUGGAGUUUGGACUCUCGUCUCCUGGUCUCGGGUAGCAGGGAUUCUACCUUGAAACUGUGGUCGGUGUCUUCACGCGAGCUUGUCGAAGACCUUUCAGGCCACAGCGACGAGAUCUUCUCUACAGAUUGGAGCCCUGACGGCCAACGUGUGGCUACUGGCUCAAAGGAUAAGAAGGUUCUUAUUUGGGUUCAUUAA